CUUGGUGUGAGGACAUAUUCACCAGAGGCUCACACCUUUCCUUUCAUAUAUUGCUAGUUUGUCCUGUCUUGCUUUCAUACUAAAUUUCUACACUUUCCCAUUUCCUACCCAGAAUAUCACACACCAGCAGGCUGAGAGCUGUAGGUGGGAAGGUGGCUGUCUCCUGCAAAUGAGCCAAGAUGGGUUGCCAGGUGACACAGGAAUGAGGGCCAGCGUACAGGGGGGCGCUGGGGGCAGUGGUGCUGUGCGUGGCUUCCAGGAGAUUCCCCAUACAGGUAGCAACGGCUGGAUCAACCUGCUCCGCUUCUGGAGGGAGGGAACCUUCAACCAAUUACACAAACACAUGGAGAAAACCUUCAACAUGCUCGGACCCAUCUACAGGCAGUAUCUGGGUUCUCAGAGCAGUGUUAAUAUCUUGUUACCAGGCGAUAUUGGGGAACUAUUUCGCUCCGAGGGUUUGCACCCGCGCCGUAUGACCCUACAGCCAUGGGCUACACACAGAGAGACCCGCAAACACAGCAAAGGAGUCUUCCUGAAGAAUGGAGCUGAAUGGAGAGCUGACAGGCUGCUGCUGAACCGGGAGGUGAUGUUGAGUUCGGCUGUGCAGCGGUUUCUGCCCCUGCUGGAUGAAGUAGCGCGAGAUUUCUGUCAUUUACUGCACCGCAAAAUCCAAAUGGAUGGGCACGGUGAGAACGAGCAUCGCAGCCUGACCCUUGACCCCAGUCCUGACCUCUUCCGCUUUGCUCUGGAAGCCAGCUGUUAUGUCCUGUAUGGUGAACGCAUCGGUCUGUUCUCGUCCAACCCUUCCUGGGAAUCUGAGCGCUUUAUCUGGGCAGUAGAACGCAUGCUGGCCACAACUCCGCCCCUCCUCUAUCUGCCACCUCGACUCCUGCGCCGUCUACAUGUCCCCCUGUGGACCCAACACGCUACUGCAUGGGACCACAUCUUCAGCCAUGCGGAAGCUCGAAUCCAGAGGGGCUACCAGCGCUUACAGGCUGAGAGUAGUGGUACCGGCCGGACAGUACAUGAUUCACGGGGCCAGUUUCCAGGUGGUACUGGUGGGUCAGUACCUGGUUCAGGAUGCCAGUUUCCAGGUGUUCUGGGACAGCUGAUAGAGAGGGGGGAAUUACCUCUGAAUCUGAUCAGAGCAAAUCUUACCGAGCUGAUGGCUGGUGGGGUCGACACAACAGCAGUUCCUUUGCAGUUUGCCUUGUUUGAGUUGGCUCGGAACCCUGGAGUCCAGGAGAAAGUACGCAAACAAGUAAAGGACUCAUGGUUACAGGCAGCAGGCAAUCCCCAGAAGGCCCUGCAGGGGGCGCCACUGCUCAAAGGAACAAUGAAGGAAACUCUGAGACUAUAUCCAGUGGGGAUCACAGUACAGAGGUAUCCUAUUCGAGACAUUGUGCUGCAGAAUUAUCGCAUACCUGCUGGGACCCUGGUGCAGGCAUGUCUGUAUCCUCUGGGUCGGAGCCAAGAUGUGUUUCAGAACCCAGAGUGCUUUGACCCCUCCCGCUGGGGUGGAGCUGAGGCAGGAAGGGGGCGGAGCAUUGAGGAUAGCAGCAUGGAGAGAGGCUCGGGGGCGGGCUUCCGGUCCUUGGCAUUCGGAUUCGGGGCGAGGCAGUGUGUCGGGAGGAGGAUCGCCGAGAGUGAGAUACAACUGCUGCUUCUGCAUAUUUUGAGGAAUUUUCAUUUGGAAGUUUCAUCAAAAGAAGACAUCAACACCAAAUACACACUCAUCCUCCAACCAGAGUCUCCACCCACAAUAACCUUUACCACACUCUUAUCCUCCAAUCAGACUCUUUGCCCACAAUAACCUUUACCACACUUAUUCUCCAAUCAGUUACCUCCCAGAAUAACCCAAAAUAAUCCCACAAUAAUACAAAUUUUAGCAAAAUUCUGCUCCACCUUAAUCUGAACUACCUUCAUCAACAUUACCUUAAAAGCUGCUAAUUUAAACACUGACAACUGAAGAAAUCUACCAUUUCUCAUUUUCAACCAUUGUUUAGAAAUAGAAAUAAAUUAAUUUUGUAGUUUUAUUUUACACAGUGGUAUUCAGACCCCACGGGCUGUGCUGUGUAUACAUCUGAAAUGCCUUUACCUAGAAAUGAACCUACAUCACCUAGAAAUGAACCUACGUCACCUGUACCAUAUUGCCUACAUCAUCUAUAAACGAACCUACAUCACCUGUACCAUAUCGCCUACAUCAUCUAUAAACGAACCUACAUCACCUGUACCUCAAUGCCUAUAUCAUCUAUAAAUGAACCUACAUCACCUGUACCAUAUCGCCUACAUCAUCUAUGAAUGAACCUACAUCACCUGUACCUUAAUGGCUAUAUCAUCUAUAAACAAACCUACAUCACUUGUACCAUAUCACCUACAUCAAAGGUCAAAGCCAGAUCCGUACUUUGAGUACUUCGAACCUCAAGUACGGCUUGGCUUGAAACACUAUUCUUC